UUUUAAGGCAAGGCUACCAGGCUAAUCAUGCUCCUGUUGGAUAAAACUCCUUAAGCAAGCAAGAGGGUUGCAAAAUGUGGAUGUGAAGACAAAUUGGCCCCAACCAAAUCUCCUCUUGAGCCAGGCGACUAUUUACUGUCCCCCCGUGGCCUUUUGAAGCCACCCUUCCCAUAAAGCCGGAGCAAUCGGUGGGGUUGAGACCGAGCGGCAAAGGAUAUGACGGGGCCUGUAAAUCGCUUAACCACCGAGCGACCUGAGCCCUCGGCAGACACCUUGGAGCCAGGCCCGGCCGGCUUUUGGAAAAUGUGUGAACAGCCUCUUUUGUCGGGGGAGGCCCGAUGAUAAUUAGACGGCGCUUAUCUGCCCCUUUGAUGUUUGUUUACUCCAGCGGCGCUUGCCUCGGGGCCGCGGCUCAUAAGGGAAGGGACGAGGGCGGGCACGCCCAGCCUGGACACACAGCUCGAAGCCAGCGCGCCAUGACCAAGGCUCCCUUCUCCGUAGAAUGGCUCUCCCAAAGCAGCCGGCCCAGCAGCAGGCAUGCCCAGAGCAGGCCAGAAGCCAAGGAGGCCCCCCCAUCCGAAGGCGGCCGAGCCCAGCAGGAGGAUUCACCGGCCGGGGAGAAGAUCCCGAGUGAGAUCAAGCUGGUCCCCAGUUCACAAGAGCCGCCUCCGGGGCCUCUCCCUUCGCUCCAGAAGAGCAGGCCGCCCUUGCCUUCCUCGUCCACAGCUGCUUCCAAAAUGCCGUGGAGCACUACGGAGUGCGGGUCCGACGGCGAAGGAAACUUCUCCGAGUGCCAAACUCCAGACGACGGUGGAAGCCGAAACGCGAAUACUCGCCGUUUGCGCACCGCUUUCAGCUUGGAACAGAUCAGCACCCUGGAGAGCUCUUUCAAGCGGCACAAAUACUUGGGAGCGGCAGAAAGGCGCAAAUUGGCCAGCAAAAUGCAGCUCUCUGAAGUUCAGAUCAAGACGUGGUUCCAGAACCGACGGAUGAAGCUGAAGCGUCAGCUGCAGGAGAUGAGGCCAGAAUCAUCCUUCCAUGGUGUACCAUUUUAUGGUCACCUUCCUUUUGGACCUCAAAGUGGUCCCUUGUCCUAUGUUUAUUCACCACCUCAACAGACUUUCACCAGGAGGGAUUCCUCUGGCAUUCCUUUCCCUCCAGUGCCCCCUCCCAACCUGGAUCCCAGAAGCACUUCUGGAGGACAGCCAGGUGCUCUCUGGCCGAUGCCUUUUCCUUAUUUUGUGGGAUACCAAGACCCAAGAACAGUGUUCAUGACUCUAUGAAGGAUUUUAAUGACCAGUAACAGUCAAUUUGCACUAUUUUGUUUUCAUCAAGUGAUUACCAAGAGCUAUAGAAAUUUUUGGUCCUGGACAGAUAUACUGCAAAGAGCUUGUUUUUUUUUUUUUUUUUGCACAGAGAUUUACAUAUUGAGUGAGUGGGAAAGUGAUACUUAUGCAAAGACAAUGUGUGCAGUAUUCAUAAUAGCUUCAACAAAAUCUUGAGGACUUAAUCUGGAAGUAUACAGACAGCAAAGGUUUUUUUCCUGGAUGCAUCAAAGGCAGCUGUUGUUGGGGGAAACUGAUCUUAAAAGGGUUUCUCAAAUUAGCUUAUGCUUGAUAAGGAGUUAAAGAAUCUUUUAUUAUAAGAGUUGUGCAAUAAGGACAUCACACGUAAGUUACAAGCCAUGUGUUUUUAACACUGCAGGAGCAAUAAGCAAGUUAUAUUUAGUUCUGUAAAAAAAAAAUUGGCCCUUAUUCACAACCAAUAACAAAUUGGCUAUGUUGGCAAGUAACAUAUUCAUUAUGUUACUCAUAACAUAUAUAUAUAUGUUAUGAAUAACAUAUAUAUACUGUAUGUUAUUCAUAGGCUCUCCCCAAUCUUUUAAUUUUUCAUUAGCGUUACUGACAUGAUACAAAGCUUAAUUUAUUGUUAAGUAUUGUUAAUUUGAGGUCCAUUGUGGAGAUGCUGAAAAUAAUAUGAAUAUAUGAAACGAACAUAUAUUGAAUCAGACCACUAGAGUCUCUUUGCAAUCAUUGUGAUUCUGCCUGGCAGCAUCUCUUCAAGUUUUAAAGCAUUAAUUUUUCCAGCCUUCUGUGAAAAUGCUGCAAUUUAAAUCUGGGCCUUUCUACAUGCAGCAUAAGUGCUCAAUGAACUAUAUAUUUUUUUUCUCAGGGAUCUGUAUGGGAACCACUUGCGUUUGUAGCUAUGCAAACAUCAGAUGGCAUGGAGAGAGAACUAUAAUCGGAGUAGUUAUUAUGUGCUUUAUUUGUUCAGCCAUAUGCAUUAUUGGGAUAAUACUUGUUAGAGCUGUACUUUCUAGGUCAGAACUGUGAUAAACCAGAGCUGAGUUAGUAAAGCUGAGAUAAUAAAUUUUUACAGGCUCCCUAAGGUUACAUUUGGGUGCCAGAUAACUCAUAAAUCUCCAAACUGGCUGGUAAACUUGAGAGAAAUCGAUCUGGAUAGCAAGGCAAAUCUUCUUUAAAAAUGACCUCAUUCUCUUCUUUCUUGAAUUAUUUCAAGCUAUAGAAUCAAUUCCCACAAGAACUGUAUCCAAUUCUUCUUUCUCCUUUUAGAAAAUAAUUCAAAUGUCUUUACUUUAGCCAGGUUUUCCACAUUAAACUAGUUCGUGAUGUUUUUAAUUGUUUUUAAUCCAAUUUGGUUUUCUGAUAGAUUUUUAUUCUCUCUCUUGAAUACCAUCUAGGCACAAAGCCAGGAUUUAAUAUAUACAUAUACAUAUAUAUAUAUACAUAAAUAGUCUCAUAGUAUGUAGCAUUAUUAUUUUAACCCUCCCCUCCCCCAAAUAUCUGCUAGUCAAACUCACCUCUUCUCACAUAUUGACUUAAUAUUUUUAUUGGUCAAUAGAAAGUUUUUAAAAAAAGUUUCUGGAAAAAAAUGUUUGGGGCCUCUAACACUUUUUAUUAGGGAAACUAGGAAAUGGGGGAGUUAUAGAGGUAAAAGUCAAGUUCUCCAGGUGGUCCUCAACGUACGACCACAAUUGAGCCCAAAAUUUCUGUUGCUAAGCGAAACAUUUGUUAAGUGAAUUUUGACCCAUUUCACAACUUUUCUUGCCACCGUUGUUAAGUGAAUCUCUGCCGUUAUUAAAUUAGUAAUAUGGUUGUUCAGUGAAUCUGGCUUCCCCGUUGACUUUGCUUGGAAGAAGGUCUCAGAAUACGCUCACAUGACCUGGGACACUGAGACCGUCAUAAAUAUGAACCAGUUGCGAAGUACCUGAAUUUUGAUCAUGAGAUGCUGCAAUGGUUGUAAAUGUGAAAAAAUGGUUGUAAGUCACUUUUUUCAGUGCUGUUGUAACUUUGAACGGUCCCUAAAUGAACUGUUGCACGUCGAGGAGUUCCUGUACAAUGCAUUUUAUUUAUUUAUCAAGCCUGUUGAUAGACCUACAAGGAACUUGCAAACUAGGGCAGGUUUAUUCCUGCCAAUUACCUUAAAUGUAAAUGAGUUGCUAUGAAUCAGCCUUGGACAAUUCCAUGCAGGGCUUUUUUGGCAAUAUUUUGGAAGGGGCUUGCUUUACCUUCUUCCUAGGGCUGAGUAUGACUAGCUCCAUGUUAAGGUUGGACUAGUACUCAUUGUUCUUUUGACUUUAAUUCAACGCCAUUAACCACCAGACAAGACUGCCAAUUACUUUAGGGGUUUACUAUUUUUUUUAUCUUAGGGAAAAGAUUAUUUUUCACUUUUAAGUGAGCUGCUCCAAUAAUACUCUUGCCCCUGCCAGCCCAAAGAGUUGGCAGGGUCAGGAUAAAAGUUUAAUGCAUUUCACUCUACUACAUCUAAUUACCAUGAUAUACUGUGUAUAUUAUUACCACUAACAAUUUUUCUCCUUCCAUGAUAUUAAAAUGCUACCAAGCCUUGACUCUGCUUUUAGCCUUUUUAAAAAAUUUUACAUCAAAGUCAGCCACCUAAUGAUAAAACAUUAGCACUUUAAAUAAAGUGGCUUUAAAACGGUCAUUUCAUUUUGAAUCUUGGAAAUAUGUUCCAGGAGCAAGAUCAAUUAUAUAGUGAUUGCUCUGCUUUUGGUUAAUAUCAUGGGCUAAAUACAGAUAAUUAAUACCCUUAAACAAAUAAAUGUUGAAUAAAAGAUACAGAUGAACUCAGGGUUAGACUAUAUUUUGGAAUUCCACUUUCAUUUUUUCAUGAUGUUGAUUUCCACCUAAUAAAAAUUCUAUUUUUAUUUGAA